AUGAUACGCGUUCUCUGCGUCUUGCUGGCCGUUGCGUGUGUUGCAACGGUGUCCGGCAGCAGCCCCGUUGCUCGUCGCCCGACUAAGGAUGCGCCGGCGUGCGCGGCGUGCGACAACGGCACUCUCUGCGUGCCGCUCUUCUCCUUCUGCUUCUCCUCCGCCGGCCCCUCUUGCAAAGACGGCUCCGACUUCGGCGCGCCGUGCGCGGACUACCAGGUACCACCUGCGCCCAGCUACUACGUAUCCCACUCUCCCACUCGCCCCUGCCACAACCCUCCCGCGACGACACAGCGUGCGUCUCAACUCUUUUCCUCACGAGCCCGCGCUAGAGCUAUCACGCACACUUGCCACGCGUUCCGCACAUCCCCGCCUGCUCCCCCUUUCCCUCACCCCACUGCCCUGCGCGCGUGCCCGCAGUGCCCCGCGGGGUCGUCCAAAUGCGCGGACGAGCAGCAGUGCGUGCUGGACUCGGCGCGCUGCGACGGCAACAAGGAUUGCCGCGACGGCUCGGACGAGGACCCCAAGGCGUGCGCUGCCUUCGACUGCUCCUCUAUUGGCAUGGUAGGCAACGAUUCGCUAGUAUGGCCAUGGAGCGGUGCCCAUUGGGGGCGGCGCAGUGCGUGGCGGGGGUACCUGCUGUGCGACGGCAAGCCGUCGUGCCCCAACGCCACGGACGAGCACCCCGCCUUCUGCUCGCAGUACCAGUGCAGCUCUGACGGCCGGCAACAGUGCCCGUCCGGCACGGGGUGCAUGUUCCUCGGACAGGCGUGCGACGGAGUGAGCGACUGCAGCGACGGCAGCGACGAGGACGAGGCUUUCUGCAAAACCUUCAACUGCAGCGACGCUGGCAAGAGCACGUGUCCGUCCGGCGUGGGGUGUAUCUUCCCCGACGCCAUGUGCAACGGCCGCGCCGACUGCACUGACGGCAGCGACGAGGCCGCCGCCACCUGCAACGAUUCCUUCGACUGCUCCGCCACUGGCCGGGUGGCGUGUCCGCUGAAGGGCGGGUGCGUGUGGGAGUACCAGCUGUGCGACGGCAUGCCCGACUGCCGUGAUGGCAGCGACGAGCUCCCGCAGUUCUGCUCCAAGUUCAACUGCUCCAACUCCUACCGGACGCAGUGCCCUGGUGGGCAGCAGUGCACGUACGAGGGGCUGCUGUGCGAUGGCAGGAAGGACUGCAGUGAUGGCAGCGACGAGGGCGCGCUCUUCUGUAGCAGCUACAACUGCUCCGAUACUGACAGGGUGGUGUGUCCAACAGUGGACGGCUCAGCGCCCGCGUGUGUUCCGGCCUCGCUACUGUGUGACGGCACGCCGCACUGCCCGGGCGGCAGCGACGAGGACCGUGGCUUCUGUGCGGACCACGAGUGCGCGCCCGGCCUCAUCAAGUGCCCCGGCUCGCUGCUCUGCGUGCCCGGCACGCUCUGCAACGGCUUCCCCGACUGCCGCAUGCCCACCGCCCUCGACACCGCUCCUGACUCUGACCCUGUCGCUGCCUCUGAUGCCGUCCCUGCACUGAAGCCUGCUGUCAUGCCUCGCACCACCACUCCCACAGCUGCUGCUGGUACUGAUGACACCACGGCUGGUGUGGGAGGGGUGAUGCAAGGCGGAGCUGCUGUCAUGAUGCUGGAGGGCGUGGCUGCUGACGAGGAAGGAGUCAGCGCUGAUGAGGAUCCAGCCAUGUGUGCAGCGUACAAGUGCCCCGAGGGGUGGAGGAAGUGUGCGGACGGGCUGCAGUGCGUGUCAGAGGACGCGUGGUGCAGUGGCGUGAAGGAGUGCCACGACGGCAGCGACGAGGACGAGGCGACGUGCACGGGGUACGACUGUGCCGCCACAGGACGCGUGCCGUGUCCAGGCGGCAAGUACUGCCUGUGGAACUACUGUGACGUGUGCAAUGAUGAGCGCCAGCCGCUCUGCCCUGAUGCGUCGGACCAGGAGGAGUCGGCGUGCCAUCUGAAGCAGCAGUGCCCUGUGCGCUACUACAAGGACGCCCCCCUGCCCCGCCCCCUGCCGCUGCCCCAGCAGGACGGCGCCGUGCAGGUGGAGCCAGACAGCGAUGGGGCGGAUGGUGAGGCUGAUGGGGGGGACAGAGCAGGGGGUAGUGAGGGAGAGGCGGGUGGAAGCAAGCCGAAGAAGUACGCGAAGGUGAAGACGGGGACGGGGAAGAGCGCCGCUGAUGGUGCUGCUGCUGCUACUGACGGUGCCAAGGGGGUUGAGGGUGGGAGAAGGCCGGGGCACCAUCCGCCUGGAGUGGGGCACCAUAAGAGCCAAGGGCAGCACAAUAAGACGCAAUCCAGUGCCGGGGCUGGCAGCGGCAGUGAGGAAGUGAAGGCCGGCAGUGGCAAGAAAGGUGUGAAUGGUAAGGAGGAGGUGACAGGAAAAGGCACAGGCGGGAGCAGCAGCAGUGGCAAGUCAGGAAAAGCGAGUGGUGGGAGCAGCAGCCCAAAGAAGCCUGGCAAGGGCGCGGGUCCGACAACAGGGGCUUCAGGGGGGAGCAAGGGGAAUGGCACCAAGACGGGCAAGGGGGCAGUAGAGAGCAAUGACGUGAAGGGAGGGAAGGGAGGUAAGGGUGUGGGAGGUAAGGGUGUGGGAGGCAAAACGAGCAACAGCGCCACGAGCAGUAGCAAGAGCAGCAGCAAAGGCAUUAAGAGCAAUGGCGAUAGCAGCAAGAGCAGCAGUGGCGAAAACAAAAAGGGAAAGUCAAGCAAAGGAGAGCAGGAGGAGGGGGCAAAGACGGACAGGAGCAAGCCGAAGGGGGGAGGUAAGGAUGGCAAGGCGAGUAUCGGUAGUGGCAAAAAGGGCACGAGCGAAGCAACAGCAAAAGGGAAGGUGGAGAAAGGCAAGGGGUCUUUUGCUGAGAGCACAGGUGUGACCAAGGGGAACGGCUGA